AUGAUCAUAUUGACUCUGAUUGUCAGAACUUUAUUGACGCCCCAUCGUCCCCCGGCGAACCUUCAUCUCAGAAAGCCGUUCCGAGCAUAUUCCAGACGCCCUCCGCACGCAAAGCCUCCUCUCAAGCCAAUAUCUCAAAAGACUCACCCUCGCGGUCUAAUCCCCCCUGUAUCAAAGUCGCUCAAUGGAAAACGAUCAUUCACCCAAGACACACUACCCCGAGAAAACAAAUACAAUGGAGACUCCGCAGAGCCGCAACCAAAGCGCCCAAAAGUCAAUGCAUUCCAUAAAGCAGCUCCACUUGCAGAGCGUAUGAGACCGAAGACCCUGGAGGACGUUUGUGGCCAAGAGCUGGUCGGUCCUUCGGGGGUACUACGCGGGCUGAUCGAGCAAGACCGGGUUCCGAGCAUGAUUCUUUGGGGAAGUGCGGGGACAGGCAAGACAACGAUUGCUCGUGUGAUAGCAUCCAUGGUGGGCAGUCGGUUCGUGGAAAUCAAUAGCACCAGUAGCGGAGUGGCCGAAUGCAAGAAAAUCUUCGCUGAAGCCCGCAGCGAACUUGGCUUGACUGGCAGGAAGACCAUCAUCUUCUGCGAUGAGAUUCACCGAUUUUCCAAGUCACAACAAGACGUAUUCCUUGGGCCCGUGGAGAGUGGUCAAGUGACGUUGAUCGGAGCCACCACGGAGAAUCCGUCCUUCAAAGUCCAAAACGCCUUGCUUUCACGAUGUAGAACAUUCACCCUGGCGAAACUCACCGAUGCAGACAUUGCGUCAAUCCUCCAACGUGCUUUGAAGAUCGAAGGACCGAACUACAACCCCUCGGAGCUGGUUGAUGACGAGUUGAUUCAGUACUUGGCUCGUUUUGCUGAUGGAGAUGCUCGCACCUCUCUCAAUCUCCUAGAACUUGCCAUGGAUCUCUCCAAGCGAGCGGGAAUUACCAAAGAAGAUCUGAAGCGAUCUUUGACCAAAACUCUGGUUUAUGAUCGCGCGGGAGAUCAACACUAUGACACAAUAUCUGCUUUCCAUAAGUCCCUUCGAGGGAGCGAUCCAGAUGCUGCGCUGUACUAUCUGGCCCGCAUGAUCCAGUCCGGUGAAGACCCUUUGUAUAUUGCCCGGCGGCUGAUUGUCGUCGCUUCUGAAGAUAUCGGGUUAGCUGACAACAGCAUGCUAACCCUGGCAAUAUCAACUCACGCUGCUGUGGAAAAGGUAGGGCUUCCUGAAGCUAGAAUAAACCUGGCUCAUGCCACCGUUGCCAUGGCAUUGUCGAAAAAGAGCACACGAGCAUAUCGAGGGCUUAAUAACGCGUUUGCCGCACUGAAUGAGCCCGGUGUUGCUGGUCUGCCCAUUCCUAUUCACCUCAGAAACGCCCCGACCAAGUUGAUGAAAGAGUUGGGAUAUGGCAAGGAAUACAAAUACAACCCGAACUAUGUCGACGGGGAGGUUGAGCAGGAGUACCUUCCCGAUGAGCUCCAUGGCCGUACAUUCCUGGAGGAUCUGGAUUUAGGUACACAACGAGAUCCUGCUCUACCUCGUCUUGCGCGCUGA